AUGCCGCAACACCUCUCCUUAGUGGUCUACAUCUCAGCCGGAGGCUGGUUGCAUCGAUGGCAUGCCGCUCACGAGGUGGAGGUCGAGUUGCCGAACCGCGAGGGGAAAGUGACCCACACCGCUGUGGUGGACCAACGCCUCCUCUUCGGGCCAGAUGAUGAUGAAUCUUCGUCACACUUCCGUGGGGAGGUGGCGGUGUGUGUCUCAUGGCCGGGCGAGGGUCGCGACUCGGUGGUGCCGCCGGCCGCGCCCUUGCGGGACGUGGACUGGUCCGAGCGUCGGGCCACGUGCUGGCCUUGUGGUGCCAAGGACGACCCAGAGCGGAAGAAGCUUGAGGAGGAGCCCGAGUCUUUACCCGACCCGCUCCACGAGGCCAAAGUUGAGGAAACCUACCUUCGCCGCACUCGCCGUCGGCCCUCGGAGGAGCUGGGCACCGCAAGGCGGUCCUUGCGCAUCGAGAAGCUCCUGGAGCGCAUGGAACGUGAAGGCAUGACCUCGGAGAAGCUCUUGGUGCCAGCCUUUGAGGAUGAAGCCAGGCGAGAAGAGCUGAAGAAGCUUGAGGUCAAGGUGGAGUCCAAGCAAAAAGAAACCGAGCAUCAGAUGGAGUUUCGCAAGCGGAUCCAAGAACGGACGCGGCGAAUGGCCUCGGUCAAGACACACAUGUCCUACAAGAGUAUUGUUCGGGAGUAUGGCGAGGAGGCGGAAGAAGGCAACUUGAUGGAGUUGAUCGAGCGCAUCCAGAAGAUCUUCCAGCCCAAGCACACUCUCCGGCCUACCGGCACCCGCCGCAAGUUCGAGAGCAGCGUACGGAGCAUCCGGGUGCAUGUCUCGGUGGCCAAAGUCUACGAAGCGCCACUGCGGGUCGACCCCCGCGCAGCCGCCGCACCGGCGGCGCCAGCGCCGCUACCGCCGCGCCCAGGGACAACGUGGGGAUACCAAGGCGGCUUCGGUGGAACGAAGCCGGGCACCUUGUUCGGCGCUGAGGCACAAAGCCAUCAGCUCCCUGAGAUCGUCAUCGAGCUCACGCUGCAGGACUUCCAGGGCAAUCUGCUUUUUCGGCGGACGGACCGGGCCCGGAAGUCUACAGAUCCAGACAUCAACCAGAUACUGGAGCUGCCCCUACACGCUGGCAACAUUCCUGGUCAAGAAGAGCUCACACAAGACAGUUUGACCAAGUACAGUGGCGAGCUGACGAUCAACAUCUUUGACGAGCUCACGCAGAGCAUUCCCAGCGGCCGGGAGGUUCGGAUCCGCCGUCAACUGCGCCACCUGGGCCGCUUCGUGCUACCCUGGUCAACGCUCUACUCGGCCAAGUGCAGUUUGAAAGGCAACUUCUUAGUGGAUGAGCAUCCGGUGCUCUUCGGCUACCGGCCGAAGGUCCAAAAGAAGCCCAUGGGCACCACAGAGACAGGACUUCCCGCCCCACCGCCGGAGAAGGAGACGCCCAAGCCCAUGUGUUUGGCGCUGGAUGUGACGGUCGACCCACCUCUGGAGCAUCCCACCAGAGUACAGCCGCAAAUCACCUUGGGCAAGGAAGCCAAUAUGAUGCUGAAACACAUCCAGAAGUGGCAUGAUUCCUUGAAGUCCAAGCAUGACACUCGAAUCCUGGCACUGGGUAUGGAUGUGGAUGGCCGUUCUCGACUGAUUUGUCGAUACAUCCGUCCUCAGAAGCCUCCGGAGCACAUCUCCGCAGAGGAUCCCUUCGCCAUUGAAAUGGCUGCCAAGUACGUGGCCUUGGUCCCUUCCUUGCAGGACAAUGAGAUGUGGAACGUGGAUGACCUGUGGUGCACGGACCAGGAGUUCCUGGAGAUCCAAUGUGGAGACUGGGAGGAGCACUGCAUCCUCUUGUGCAACUACUUCAACUACAUCGAUCGCUUCCGCCGUGAACGUGUAGCUGGAUACAACUUCACGGACAUCCAGUCCUACUGCGUCAUUUGUGAUUUGGUGCCUGAGGGCGAGGCUGUGGUCGUUCUGCGACAGGACCGGGAGCCGGGAAGAGAGCGAACGUCAUGGCAAGACGUCAUGGCAAGACGCAUGGGUUUCUUUUGGAAGAAGCACCUGGAAAGGUUUCUUCCUUCCAGCGAGCAUGCAGCUGAGCCGCGGAGCUCAGCCAGUGACGUCGAGAGACGUCGUCCGGACGGAGCCCAGAUCGACUUGGACCCAUUUGUUGGGUGGAAAGAGGAGCUUUGCCAUGCCUCGCCCUUCGGACGCCGCCGACGCGCCGUCCGGCCCCGCGCCGCGUGCCGCGUGGCCGGGCACCGCGCGGUGCCGCCGUUCUCGCGGAGUCGGAGGAGGAGAAGGUUAUGGACCCUGCUGACGGUCUCCUGCUUAAGUCUGCUGAGCUUUACAGCCAUGUUUUCCAUGACGCCCAUUUUGAUGCGCCGCUAUAGCGUUCACUCCGAGCUUGGCGUGGGCCUGGUGGCGUCUUCCUUUGCCUUGGGCCGUUUCUGCACGACGUCGUUGUGGCCGAUCUUGAGUGACUUCAUUGGACGGAAGAAGGUGCUCUUUAUAGCCCUCAUGGGUGGCGCAGCAGGCUCCGCCUUGCAGGGUGUGGCCAUUGCGUACACUUGGCCCUUUUGGGCCUUCCUGACGGUCCGUGGCGUCGCGGGCAUGUUCAGCGGGAUCGUGCCCACGGUGAAGGCCUACAUCGUGGACACCUUUCGUAGCGAGGACGUCCCGAAGGUCUUAGCCUAUCGGGAAGCCGCAGGCACCGGCGCGUUCAUCCUGGGCCCGGCGCUCGGCGGCUUCCUGGCCGCGCGGUUCCUGUCGGCGCCGAUGUUCUUCUCGGCGCUGGCAAGCAGCGGCGCGGCGCUGCUGUGCCUCCACGUGCUACCGGAGCCCAGGACUCCACCCAUUGCCAAGGCCAAGAGCCAAACAGCAGGAGAAAGCCGAUGGCAACCUUGGCGCGCAGUGCCAUUGUUCUUCCUGUCCUUCAUUUGGGCGUGUUCCAGGACUUGCUUCCAUUCCUAUUUCCCUCUCUUGCUCGCCCGACGCUUCGCUUUGCCCUUGGCGCGGCUCGGUGCGGUCUUGACGGCUAUCUCCUUCUUGGUGGCCAUGGUUCAGAUUGGUGUUUUUGAGCGUUGUCGCCGGAGAUACGGCCUAGAGAAGACCGUGCUUUUGGGCUACUUGUUGGUCGUCAUCGGCCUCGGAAGCCUAGUGACGUGGCCUGACAGCAGCUCCCUGCCACAGAUCUUUGCCUCUGCCGCCGUGUACGGCGCAGGCUCCGCGCUCGUGUCCCCCGCGCUGCCGGCGCUGCUGGUGCGCUUCGCCCCGAAGGGGCGCACCGGUGCGAUCCUGGGCAUCGACUCGGCGAUCGUGAACUUCGGCCGGAUCGUGGCGCCCUCCCUGUUCGGCGUGUUCCUCUUCAGCGACUACGCCAAGCUUUGCUUGGGUCCUGCACGGGUGGCGACCGCUGCAGGUCUCGUGGCCUUCGUCCUGGCCGCGAAGGAGGGACGGGCCGCGGAGGGGGUGGCUGGAGUCUUUGUGGGCGCCGAGCAGCUGCAGAGGCGCAUCCUGCGCGCACGCGGGCGCGCACACGGGCGUGCUUCAACGAUCCCCAUCCGCCGGGUCCACCUCGUCUUCAACGCCGAGAACGUGUGGGCCAACUUGCAACGAGGCGAUGGCCGGAACCGCACCGGCGUGGCCACGUCGAUGUCGUGGGAUCUCUCUGACACGCGGCUUUGGAAGCCUCUCUUCCGUGCUGGGGAGCUGAGACGCCUCUCCGGACAACCACCGGCAGGGGAGGAAGACUUGGAGCCGUCCCGCAGCUGGCUCCUAGAGGACGCCGCGGAGGCCCUGAAGUACCAGCCCGUGGACGUGACACAGGCGGCUCGGCUGGAAAGCAUGCUCCAGAGCCAGCUGGAGCAGGACGUGAUCAGCCACCGGGCUGGGCUCAAGGGAGAUGGUUUGGACAACUAUAGCACCAGGUUCAAUCACGUCAUUGGAGAGAAGCUGGGACAGCUUUUGGAGAAGUUGGAGGCUUUCUCAAACUGCUCUCGCCGUCACGGCGGUCUUCUCUCCACCUUCCCCUUGAGGUCCUCAGCCACCACUCCGGUGACUCGCGAGGCCAUUGAUGAGCUCAUGGACGACAUCGAAAACGACUUCCGCAUGGUGAGCCGCACCUCUACCGGGCGAAUGGUCUUUGGAGUGCCCUUCAACGAACCCUACAAGGACUACAGUUUGAUCUGGGACGCUGUGAAACAGUCCCGGAUCGUGGAGCUGGGAGGGGAUCGCGCAGACUACGCGCUGAAGGUGCGAGUCUUCCCCUAUGCAUCGGGGGUCUUGAGCAUUUGGGUUUUCAUUGCAAUGGCAAUGGAUCAAGAUUGA